CAUCACAACCUCUUCUUCCUCCUUUAAAUAUUUAGAUUAAAGAAAAAAAAAAAAAAAUAAUGUCGAAAUUCCAAGUAUCAAAAAUUAUAAAUUUGUCAUUAUAAUUUUUUUUAACUUAAUUUCAAACGAGAUUGGCGAAUUAGAUUUCUUUUUUUUAAUCGUUUCGAUAUCUCCAAAAUCGUCCAAAGAUGUACGUCUGCCCCCCGAUGCCACCCGCACCCUGCCCACCGGAUUGCCCACCCCCAAAGCCUCGAGACGCGCCCAAGAAAUAUUUUCGUGAGAUUGGAACGGCCAUGGUCGGGAAUCAAUUGAUAAUUCGCGUGGAAAGGCAGAGGGGGAAGGCGAAGAAGCUGAAAGAUUGGGAUCCUCCGUGCGAUUGCGACGUGGAGAUAGUGAGGCCGACGAGCAAGGAGGGGCCCAAGAUAUUGAGGGGUGCCGACAAUAAUCGGAUCCUGUUUCGCGUCGAACGAUCGGAGACCUCGAAGGAGGAAGAUCAAGAUUCGGGACAAACUAUUUCUUACGAGGUCGGCGAGUGCAAAGGAGGCCCGAAGACGAACGAUCAAUGCAGAACGUUCACCAUUUACCCCGUAUUUAACGGUACCGGGGUACAGCAGAUACACACGGAUCGCGUGACCGAAGGGAAUGAGAAUGUGUUCAUGUUGAGAAUGAAAAAGAAGAAUGACUCGUCGAUCGAGCAGCCGAGAAAGAACAUAGAACUGGAGGUGAGGACACCGAAACCGCCAACGCCUCCCCCGGAAAAAUUGGAGAAACCCUUGGUCGUGGACGAAGAUUGCGUGAAACUCGUCACAAAGGAGGAAGUACCGGAGAUUGAGCCGAAGCCGGAAGUAAAAAAAAAGAUAAAAAAGAAGAAGAAGAAAUGAUUCCAAAUUUUUCAAUGUAAAAUGAAAAAGGAAACUGAACUCUUCUCUGAAAAAUUUUAAAAUUUCUCCUUCUAAUGCUAUUUAAUCAUGAUGAUUACAUAUUAUUGAUUAAUGAUAAAUCAAUAGAAAAAUCACAAUUAUAUAAAUCUCAUCUUGAUUUAAAAGCACUUGGCGUUAUAUUUUACUUAUCCAAGUAUCGCAAUGCACGUUUAAAAUGAUGAUUCCAAAAAAAAGAAAAAAAAAGAAAAAUUCCAAAAAUCAUGGAAACUCUAAAAAAGAAAAAAAGUUUUGAAGGAUCACUUAAAAAGAAUUAAUAUCACAGUGUCGACAUUUAACAAAUUGGUACCGCGACGAAUUUGCAGGUAUAUAGCAACCAUUAUGGCGGACAAUCGAGGUUACUGAACGAGAUUUCUGAAUGAACUUUAGGAAUUCAUGAAUGAAGUUCGCAAAAGCGCGAUUCCACGAUGCGUAAAAGUGCACGAGUCAGCGCGUUCUCGUUCCUCAUUCAUCCACGGCACAAGCAUCCGUGGAAAAUUGCUUCGUUACGGGCAGAUGAGCCCGUCUUUGGCGAUUUUCUUCCUCGAAGAUGACUUUCGUCGGGACGAUUGUUGACGAGAGACUCUUCUCGUUGUGACCGUUCGAAAUAUCCUUGUAAUUGGUCCUAACCCUUUCCCUCGCCCGUCAUAGCAACGUGAUGAUCGUUCGCGUGAACCCUGCAAUUGAGAAAUUUUCUGAAGAAGCUGGAUAGAAUUGUUACACGAUGAUUUUUUAUUAUGAAUAAGGAGAACUUUUUUUUUUCGAAUUCUAUUAAUUCGUCUCUGAUAUUAUUAGAUGUAAUUUUAUCCUACGAAAAAUGUAUCUUUACGUAUAUCUGAUAAUUAUGAAAUAGAUAAGAGUCAUUUGAUCGAAAGAAAGUAAAACUGAAGAAAGAUUUAUAAAUAAAAAAUUUUCAACAAUAAAGGAACAGGAUUGAAAGUGAUCCAAGGAAAAAAAAGGUAGCAGGAUUAAUUUACCAUCUCGCUAUACAUCGUGAAAGCUACCUACUCGAAUGAAUCGACAACAGAUUGUCCAGUUCCGCCUAUAAUCGUUCUUUAGAAGCGACGUCGAUCGCUUUUCAUUUUUCAUCGGGCAAGUCCCACCUACGAUAUCCGUGAUUCCACCGUGAUGUUGUACGCUGAAAUAUCGUCUUCAUUCGCUUGUCCCUCCAUUGUCUGCCGGCCUCUGUAUUUUUUUCUUAAUUCCCUGACAUGAGAAACGGGGCAUCGGUGGGCGGGUGGCUUAUUCCCGAAAAAAGAGUGAAUGGCGUGGUCCAAGUCGAGGUCCAUUCGGGACAGCACCUGACUCUUCGACUUCUUUUUCGAUCGUGAGAAUCCUUCGUUCGAGCCUCGAUUAUUCGGCCUCGAUUCGAUGUCGUGUCAAGAAAAA